UAUAUUACAAUAUUGUUCUAUGCUGUGGCUCUGCUGGGAGACAUUUAUGUGGACAUUUUUGGAGACUUUUGCACAAAUUUGGUUCUUAGCCAUUGAUCUGAGGCAGAAGAGGACGUAGUGGAGCCCGCAGCUCUCCUCCAGGAGCCAUCAUGUCUGACAAACCCAAAGUGUACCAGGGCGUCCGCGUCAGGACCACCGUCAAAGAGCUGCUGCAGAGGCUGCGAGCCCGCGAGGACAGCACAGGCAACCCUAAAACGAUCUCACAGGAUCUUCAGGAUCUUUGCGCGUCCACUUUUCAAAGUCUCCAAAUGCCCCCCUUUCCUGCCGCCGCCCCACCUGCGGCCGCGAGCAGCUGUGGAGCGCGAGACUUCCAGGGGGAGGGCUCGUGCAGCGCCCAGGUGCUGGGGGUCACCUUUAACGACGUCCCGGAGCAGUUCGGGGAAGUUAUGUUGCCCGGCAACGGCUACACUGGCCACAACAACAGCAACAGCAACAACAACAACAACAACACCACCGGCAGCAGCUACAGCGCGUGCCUUCCCGCAUCUCCCGCCUUCCCGCUUACCUGCUGCCACGCACUCUCCUCUGAUGCGGACUACUUCGGGAUGGCUCCCUGCUCCUCCCCGGAGCCCCUGCAGCUCUGCAGCCCGCCUGAUCACGGCAGCUACUCGCCGCACGACUCCUUCUCCUCCUUCUCCUCCUCCUCCUCCUGCUACGACUCCCCCACCAGGAUAGAGGCAUGCUACCGCGGCCCCCCGCCCCCCUCUGAGCACCUCCACUACCAGCACUGCAGCCUCCAGGACUGUUUCUGCUCGGCCCCCCGCUGGGCCGGCCAGCAGGAGAGCUUCUCAGCCCCCGAGUUCCCGCCUUACUACCCCCCCGGCUCAGGCUAUGCGUACACCUGCCACCUGCCUGCCGAGGACAACUACUUCAGGAGCUCAGAGAUGUGCUACAACGUUCUAUGAUGGGACCCCCGCGGGGAGGGGGGGCAUGUCUGUAAAUAUUCUUCUGGUUGCUCUGUGGUGGGAUGAACAUGAUGAAUGCAGAAUGGAUGGAAAAAGCCCAUAUUUUUGUAUUAAUGACACUUCGUAUUACGUAGAUUUAUUUUUCAUACAUGUAACUUGUUGCUGUACUAAAU